CGCGUCCGUCUUCUGUAAUCAGCCGUAUUCCAACAUGUAGUUCACGAAUUUUAUUUCUCUCGCGACCUGGGAGGUAGUUUCUUUGCGUUGCAAAGUUCUUUUGAGUUUAUCUUCGUAGGAAACUAUAGGAAGAAGCGAGUUUCUUUCGGAAAGAUGUGGAUUGGGUGAUCUACAAAACCUGCGUAGCGGCGAAAGGAACAGGAAGUCCAGAAACAUGUUUUGAUUUGGACGUGAAAAUUUUUCCGACUUGCUCCAUCAGAUGACAUAUGAUUCAAAGAUCAAGCAAGCAAAGAGAAAACUUUUUCGAUGAAUAGAGUUGAAUUCAAGUUUUUAAGGAGGACUACGUGGACAUGCAUGACUCAGCUUACUGAGUACUCUAUUUAUUGCCAUGGAGGCAUGCUGAUUUGAUCGCAUCCCAGGAACUUAAUUUUGUCCUCACGUAAAUUGACCUGGGUGUCUUUUUUCUAGUAGUACAUAGUAUGGGUUACAAAUUACCAACUCGUUAUUUUGCGUUGUGUUCUUUUAUGAUUCUGAUGUUUUGGAUGUUAUUAAACGCGGUUUCCCUCUUGUAUUUGGGAUCGAACGAUAAAUAUUUUACCAGAGGGCACGGUAGACAUCUUCAAAACGACAGCCCAUCGGAUGAUUUCGAGAGAGAGAUGGCGCAAGAGAAGGAUCCUAACACGUUGGGUUUAAUUAGAAAUAAGGAGGACCAGACAAUAAGGGAACAUGGAUACGAAAAACACGCCUUUAAUGAACUUGUGAGCAACAGAUUGGGUUUUUACCGUGAAAUACAGGAUACAAGACACGAACUGUGUAAAUCAAUCAGAUACUCUUCAAAUCUUCCAUCAGCCAGCAUUAUCAUCUGCUUUCACAAUGAAGCGUGGUCAACAUUAUUGAGAACUGUACAUAGUGUCUUGAACAGGACAGCAGAAAACCUAGUUCAUGAAAUAAUCCUGGUUGAUGACCAGAGCAACUUAGAAGAAUUAAAAGAUGAGCUUGAAAAUUAUGUAGAAAAAUUACCAAAAGUUAAACUAUUGAGGACAGUUCAACGCGAGGGUCUCAUUAGAGGGCGUACGCUUGGAGCAAAGAGUGCAACAGGUGAAGUGCUAGUAUUCUUGGACAGUCACUGUGAGGUGAAUAAAGAUUGGCUUCCACCGCUUCUGGAAAGGAUCAAAGAAAAUCGCACGACAGUUGUUUGUCCAGUGAUUGACAUGAUCAACUCAGACACAUUUGACUACCAGUCCUCUCCUUUGGUACGUGGAGGUUUUAAUUGGGGUCUUCAUUUUUCAUGGGAACCUUUACCAAAGCAUUUGCUUGUGAAGCCAGAAGAUUAUGUUCUACCCAUCAGAUCACCUACCAUGGCUGGGGGAUUGUUUGCCAUGGAUCGUAAUUAUUUCAGUCAGCUCGGUCAAUAUGAUGAAGGAAUGAACAUCUGGGGAGGUGAAAACCUGGAGAUUUCAUUUAGGAUCUGGAUGUGUGGUGGUUCUCUUGAGAUCAUCCCGUGCUCUAGAGUUGGACACAUAUUCCGUAGAUGGCGGCCGUAUGGAUCAGAUUCAAAAGGAGACACCAUGUCCUACAACUCAAUGAGAGUUGCAGAAGUGUGGCUUGAUGACUACAAGAAGUAUUUUUAUCAAAUCAAGAAAGGUCUUGUGGGUGAACCCUUUGGAGAUGUUACUUCAAGAACUGAGCUAAGAAAGAGGUUGAACUGCAAAACUUUCAAGUGGUACUUGAAGAACAUUUACCCUGAGAUAAAUCUUCCCCAAGAAGGUGGCAGUGUUAAAAGUAACAUGUGGAACCCUCAUGGGUUGCAAAAAGAGAAAGUGAUUGUGAAGAAAGGAAAUCUUCAAAAUGUUGGUAACUCUUUGUGUCUUGACAUUCCUGGUCGGUCAAGUGAAAAGCGAGCCACUGUUUUGCUACGCGAUUGCCAAGAGAUUCAUGCAAUGUUUUGGUCACUCAAUCAAGAAGAUGAAUUGAAAGUGGAUCGCUUACUCUGCCUUGAAGUGACCAGACGACAGAUGCUGAAAGUUAUGAAAUGUCAUGGGCAAGGAGGAGAUCAAGAGUGGCGGCACAAUAAGACUUUGCAGUUGUACCACACAGCUUCUGGUUUGUGCAUGGUGUCUACAAAGAAAUCAACAGUUAAGAUGGAAAUCUGUGAUGAUAGCCCUGCCCAAAAAUGGUUCUUCACUUAUGAUUAAGGAGAGUGAAACUGAUUUUAAACAAAGUGAAAUUUAUCUGCAGGAGAAUACGCAUUAUCUUGAUGUAGUGCCAAAGUCUUCAGAGUUGUCAUUAGAAGCCAGUGGUGGGUGGAAAUCCAUAAAGACCAUCAGACCAUUUUGUACUGGCUACUUUAUGAAUAAGUGAUCAGACAGAAAAGAUAUAUUUUUGAAUUGAUUCUUAGCUCAAUGUAAGGCUAAAAAUUUUCUCAAAUUUGAUGUUCCAGAAUGCUGGAAAUCACAUCUUGGAUACUUUCAAAAAUUUACAUUUUUCCAAGGGAGCAUGCCCCUGGAUCCUCUAGAAGAUGAGUGCAAAACAUCAUGCCAUGCUUGCUAUGCAAGCAUAAUUCAAUUUAGUGGCUUACUCAGUUCAGAUCAUACAUCUAUUACUUUUGCUAGUAGCAAUCCUGCUUCUUUGUUAUUAUAUACAUGGAUGUGUGGAGAGCUAGGCCAGAAGGGAGAAUUACAAAUCAGAUCUAGGAAGUUCUCUAUCUUUCACCCCAAUGAGUUCAAUAUAAAUUUUCCUUACCUUAUGCCGAGUAUGCCUUAUAAAAGUAACUGUGAGAACUUGCUGUCAACCCAAGACAGAAUUUCUCCUAACAUUGUCAAUACAACAUCAAGCGGACAAGUGAUGAGAAUAAGAAAAUAAAUCGAUGAGGGGGUUGUUAGUUGAUCCAAUACCAAAUUCUCUGAAGUAACACGAGAAUUGUAUGGUAGACAGGAUAGAGAAUUCCUAAAUGAGAUCAAGGGUAUGAAUGGAUUAAAUCUAACACUGUUCCCUGGAUGAUAGCUGUUUUUCUCCUCUCUUCACUUUGAAUUCUCUGCUUGACUAUGUAUUGAUAUGGUGAGAAAUGACGUUUUGGUCAUUCCUAUUCGUGAAAGGGUUGUAAAGAUUACAGAAGGCUUGAGAAAACAUUUUUGAAGUGGCACAUCUAAUAUAUUUGUAGACUUUCUCAUAAGUGGUCAUUCCCUACAGGUUUAUAUGGACAUGUCAACAUGAAACAUGUACUCAGGGUUCCCACACCCCUUGAAAGUCCUUAGAUUUAAUUUUUUGUCUUCAAGGACUUUAAAACUGUUGAAUUAAGUCUCGGGUCAUUGAAAAUUUCUGAAAAGUACUUGAAGAUUUGUUUUGUUUUUGGUGUUGAACGUGUAAGAUUCUUGCACAAAUCACAAAAAUGAGUUUUUCUUUCAAAUCCUGUGUCUGAUUAUGAUGUUUGACACGUGAUAAAGAAAAAUGUUUUUUUUUUUUUUCA